AUGACUGCAAAUCAAAGUGAGGCUGCAUGUCCUGUAAACUGGAAAGAAUACAAUGGAGACUGUUAUUACAUUUCUGAGAAUAGAUUCAGAUAUUCAGAUGCUAUAAUUACAUGCUCAUCAAGAAAUGCAUCUAUGUAUGUUUUCCAUAAUGAAAAACAAAAGCAAUGGAUAAAUUCUCAACUUUUCCAUGGCACUCGAAUGGAAUUCUGGAUAGGAAUGCAACGUGUUAACAAAACAUGGACGUGGAUUGAUAAUACAACAUAUGAUGCGAACUCUACGCAUUGGUUGAGGAACAAGGUUGGUACAGCAAAUGAUGCACGACACAGAUGUGCUUCAAUGUAUUCCUAUAGACCCUAUACUGGACAGAUCCAUCAAAAUGACUGUUACCGUGGAAAUGGAAUCAUUUGUGUGAAGUCCAGAGAUUCUUAUGAACUAUGCAACAGAGAUGAUGGCUGGAUAUUAGUAGAAAAAAAAUGUGUUAAACUAUUUGAAGACAAGUCAGCUUGGCUUGAUGCUAACCAGACAUGUACAAAGAAUAGCGGAAAUUUAUAUCGGCCAAUAAAUGGAAGAGAAGUUUAUGCAUUAGGGGAAGUCGUUGGUUGCAGAACAGUAGAUAACCAAAUGUGGAUUGAUGUAUCUGAUGUGUACCUGGUAAAAGGAGGAACUUGUGUGUUUGCAAAUCCUCGCCAGAAUUUUUACUGGGAUGUAGAAUUAUGUACAGAAGAAAAGAAAUUUGUGUGCUCAAAAGAUACUGGUACUUGUCCUCAAGGCUGGGCUCAGUUUAACAAUGAAUGUUUCCAGUUGGUUAGUCUACCUUCAUUAAGAGAUAGCUGGUUUGGUGCCAAAACCUAUUGUAAAAACCAGAAUACACAACUGCUGACAAUAGUUAGUUCAGAUGAAGAAGGUUUUGUACAGAGUAUGAUGGUAGGUCAGCAAGUCCAGAGGGUAUGGCUGGGAUUUUCUGAUUCACCAGCCACACCUGAUAUUCUCUCUUGGAUUGAUGGAUCGUUGGUUUCUGCAGGAAAUUAUACUCACUGGGAUUUGAAUUUCCCUAAAUUAACUAAAAAUAGGACAGAUUGUGGAAUAUUUCAAGCUGGUCGAAUAGCAAGUGCUUGGUCCAAUGGAUAUUGUUUUACAUCAUUACCUUUUAUUUGUAAGGCUACAAUUACAACCGAUGUAGUUCAGAAGACCACUCCAAGGCCUGAUGUACACUGUGAUCCAGGCUGGAUAUUAUAUAAUGGACAAUGUUACUAUUUUGGUGCAUCACAGAACUCCAGUGGAUACAGUUGGGAUGAUGCACAGCGAUUCUGUUACGCAGCAAAUGGCGAUCUUACCACCAUCUCGGAUGCAAAUGAACAGGCAUUCAUUAAUAAUAACCUAUUGACAGUAAGCUCUGCCUGGAUUGGUCUUAGAUAUAGACCUACAACUAAGGGCUUGGCGUGGGUGGAUUAUACUCAAGUGGUAUUUGUAAAUUUCUACCCUGGUGAACCUGAUGAUUUGGGAAAUGGUCAAGACUGCAUUCAAAUCGUUGGUGGACGACAGGAUUUUACGGGGUCUUGGGAUGAUGGAAACUGCACUAAACAACAAGAUUUUAUAUGUAAAAAGAUAGCAUUGCAAGGAUUUAACACUCUUGUUACUUUACCACCAACAACUUUAGGAGUCUAUUCCUAUCGCUGUGGACCCCAGUGGAUCUAUGACUCUCUGGAUGAUUACUGUUACCAGUUUGUACUCUAUCAUCCCAAGACUUUUGCCAAUGCUCAGUGGGCAUGUCAACAAAUGGGAAGUAAUCUACUGAGUAUUACAGGACCAAGGGAACAGAGAUAUAUACAAGCCAUACUGAAUACAGGAAAAUAUUUAAAAGUAAGCAGUAACUAUUGGAUAGGUGGAUCUGAUGCCACACAGGAAGGUGGAUGGUCGUGGAUUGAUGGAUCACCCUUUGCCUACCUGAACUGGCAUCCAGGAGAGCCAAAUGAAAGAAUGUAUUCCCCAUCAGGAGAAGACUGUAUUGAGAUGGUGCCUAAUUGGAAUUAUCAAUGGAAUGACAAAAGAUGUGAUAAAGAACAGUAUUACAUCUGUAAAAAGCAAGCACUACCAUUGACAACAACUGCAUUAACUCCAACUUCAGGUCCUAUUUAUACAUGUGGAAAUGAGCCGAUGAUAUCAGGGAACUACAGCUUGUUAGAUGGUGACACUUCCCUAACAGCAUCAUCAGUUCGAGAUUCUGCUCAUGGUCCAUUUAAUUCUAGGCUAUAUUUAUCUGGUCUAAGUGGAGCUACCUAUGCUAAUACAGCAGGAUGGUCAGCACUGAAAAUGAACAAAGGAGAAUAUAUACAGGCCUACUUCUAUAAUCUUAUCACAUUCAAAGGCAUUACAACGGCUGGUAAACCUGAUGGUUCAGAAUGGGUGCAGCAAUACCAAAUUCAAUAUCAAUAUGACUAUUUCUCAGAGUUAGUUUGGUAUGAGGAGCCACCAGGUACUGUUAAGAUUUUUAAUGGUAACACAGACAAUACUUCACCAGUAACAAAUGUUAUCCAGUUUCCAUUUCAAGCCAAAUAUAUUAGAUUGUACCCAAGAAAAUGGUACAAUGCUAUAUCUCUGAGGUGGGAGGUUCUUGGAUGUGUUCAGGAAUUUUGUAUUUCUGACUAUGCCAUCAGCGGGCCAUUAAUAACGUCAGACAAUGGACUCACAGCUUCAAGUUCUCUGAGUAGUACAUAUUCUCCAGCAGCAGCCCGUCUUCAUCCAUUAUCACCACAUACAGCACCAUCUUGCUGGAAAACAGCCUCUGGCGAUAGGAAUCCAUUCAUCCAGGUGGAUCUUGGUUCAAUAAUGAUCAUAAGGGGAAUAACUAUUGCUGGAAACCCUAAUGCACAAGAAUGGGUGAAAAGUUUUAGAGUUGUGUAUGGAGCUAAUUCAAAUCUGGUGACUUCUUAUUAUCAGGAACCAUACAAAACUAUAAUGGUAUUCGAUGGAAAUGUAAACAACAAUGAGACUGUUACUCGAUACUUUAAAGGACAUUUUCAGGCUCGAUAUAUUAAAGUAGAACCUGUCUCCUAUGAAAAAGCUGUAGCAUUGAGAUUUGAUGUUAUGGUUUGUCCUCAAGGUUGCAACCAGAAAACACUGCUGAGUGGUAAAACAGGUGUAAACGAUGAUCAGCUCUCUGCCUCCACAACUCAAGACAAUUUUGUAGGUCCAGCACAGAGUAGACUGAACCAGCUAGCAAUAGGAAAUACAGGUGGUGCAUGGUCACCUACGUACAAUGACCAAAGGCAGUGGAUUCAGGUUGAUUUACAAGCCAUGGUCCAGAUAACAGCAAUAGCUACACAAGGACGAGCAGGCCACGAUGAAUAUGUUACUCAAUAUAAGAUUGCUUCCUCACCCGACGGCAGAGCAUUUAUUAUGUAUUCAGCCUUUCAGAGGAAUGCUGUGGUCUUCAGUGGUAAUAUGGAUGAUAGUAUGGCUAGGAAGCAUUACUUGACAUUACCUAUUGUGGCCAGAUUUAUCAGGAUAUAUCCAUUUAACUACCAUAAAAAGAUAUCCCUUCGGUGGGAAGUUUAUGGCUGCCCAGGACCAGAUUCUGGAACAUCAAUUGGUUGCUAUGCAGACGACAAAUUAAGCAGAGAUUUAUCCUACGAACCAUAUGGCGAUCCCUCAGUUGGCAUGUGGCCGCCAAUGUGCAUUCAUCACUGUUUUAGCAAAGGAUAUUAUUAUGCAGGACUCCAGAAUCGGUACAUGUGUUUCUGUGGGAAUUCUUAUGGGAAAUAUGGUAGAUCCAUGACCUGUAAUCAGCCAUGUUACACGAGACCAAGUUACAAGUGUGGUGGAAUUACUUCUAAUUCUGUUUAUACAACUGGACUAACACCUGUGACAAAAGUGUGUCCACCUAAUUGGAAGGCGUAUAAUGACAAGUGUUACCUGUUACUGUUCAACCAGACAUCAUGGCUGAAUGCCAGAAAAGAUUGUCGUAUCAUGGGAGGUGACUUGGCGACAGUCAACAGCCAGGCUGAGCAAGAUUUGGUCUAUAGUAUUAUGAGUAAUAAGGGAGCCUCAGAUGUUUGGAUAGGACUGAAUGAUCAACAGGAACAGAAUUUCUUUGAGUGGAUAAAUGGAGAAGUUACAUUGUACACUAAUUGGAAUGUCAACCAACCAGCCAAUACAAAUAGUGCCAAUGAGAACUGUGUAAUGAUUAACCAAACAGAUGGAGGUUGGCAGGACCAGAACUGUGGUGAGCCACACCAGUAUUUAUGUAUGCAGGCUAAAUCAGGAUCAGCUCAGCCAACACUGCCACCACAAUCUCCGGGAUGUGAUAUUGGCUGGAUUGGUUUUAGAUGGUCUUGUUAUUUGUUCAUGGACCAGACCAGAACAUUCGCAAGAGCUAACCAGGCAUGUAAGGCAAGGGGAGCAACUCUUGUACAGAUAGAUGAUAGAUUUGAGCAAGCAUUCUUAUCAAGUACAUUGAAUAUGAAGAAAGGCAUGUACUGGACUGAUGCUACUAAUUUAGUAUCACCUGGAACAUUUAAAAACUUUGACAAUCAUAGAGAAGUGCUAUAUACCAACUGGGCUCCAAAUAGACCAGGUAAUUCCCGAUCAUGUGUUGCUAUGCAGACCAAGACACCAUCAGGCCUGUGGAUUGACACCAAUUGUACAGCUUUGUCAGGAGCUGUUUGUGAGAAAAUUGGUUUAGGGCAGACAACUCCAAAACCACCUACAACAACUCCUUCACCUGUACCCUGUCCAAAAGGAUGGAUAGAAGUCAACGGGUAUUGUUACCAGGUAAAUGCUGUACAAGGCAGUCGACAGAUGCCAUUCAGGGAUGCUGACAAGGAUUGUCAAUCACAGGGAGCAAGUCUAGCAAGUUUCCAUAAUAGUUCUGAUAUUGAUACUCUGUGGAGAAAUAAUCUUGUUGGCUCAAAAGUCAACUUCUGGAUUGGAUUAAAUGAUCUGACAUUAGUAAAUACACAAAGAAAAUACAAAUGGACAGACAACUCACCACUUAAUUUUGUUAACUGGGGACCAAACGAACCAAACAAUUUCCAUGGAACUGAGGACUGUGCUGAAGUUCUAAGCGCUACAGGUUUAUGGAAUGAUCAAAACUGUCAGUACCAUAGAAACUGGAUUUGUAAAGUGAGAAAAGGUGCCAAUGUACAUGCCAGACUAGUAAACCGUGCUCCAUCUGCAGGUCCUCCUGGUCAGUGUGUUGGACUUAUCAACUGGACGUUUUACAACAAUAACUGUUAUAUAGUAAUGGAUGGUGCAGGGAACAAUGCUAAGACCUGGAGAGAAGCAAGACAAUGGUGUCAGGGAUAUGGUGCAGAUCUGGUCUCCAUUGGAAGUAUGCUGGAGCAGUUGUUUGUACAAUACCAGGCAUCAAACAUCUCUUCUUAUACUCUGUGGACAGGUUUCAGUGAAAUUGAUAAUGAGUUUGGAUAUAAGUGGUCAGAUGGUACAGUACCGUCUUACAUCAACUGGAAUCCUGGGGAACCUAAUGAUUAUGCUGGGGCUGAAGACUGUGUAGAAAUGAUGGUGUUUAAUGGAAAAUGGAAUGAUGCACAUUGUGCCGAAAAGAAAGGAUUCAUAUGUAAACAAACAACUGGUGUGAAACAACCGACAACCCCUACUCCUCUUAUGACUGGGUAUUGUCCUGCUGGAUUUAGAGCUCAUCGUAAUAAAUGUUACAAAGUAUUUACAACCUUGAAGAAUUGGACAGAUGCCAAUACUGCCUGUCAGGCUCUGGGUGGUGGAAGGAAGGGAUAUUACCUUGCUAGUAUUGGGAAUGUGUUUGAGAAUGCUUUUGUGACAACCUUGUUGCAAGGUUCUGGUGUUGAACCAUGGAUAGGUCUGAAACAAAGAAAUGACCAUCAGUUUUACUGGAUAGAUAAUACAGACGUAACAUAUACCAAUUGGGAUGUAGGACAGCCUAAACGUCCUGAAGUAGGACCAAGUGGAAAUUCUUUGGUAUGUACAAGAAUUUAUAGUGCCCUUCAUAAUGCUGGUAGAUGGAGUGCCUCUCUAUGUAGUUUAAAGAAGGGAUAUAUCUGCGGCACUAAUAAAAAGUCAUACAUCACUACACCAGAAGCUAUACCUAAUCCCUGUCCUUCUGGUUACCUGUCUUAUGGCAUGGACUGUUUCCAGUAUGUACCAACCAAAGCCACAUGGUCUGUAGCAGACGCAGAUUGUAAAUCAAGGAAGAGCUUCCUAGCAACAUUAGCUAAUCCAUUUGAACAGAACUUCUUGUUUCUGAUGAUUAAUGAUCCUACAGUGAGACCUUCAAAAUCUUCUGUUUGGAUAGGACUCAAUGAUGUCAGAAAUUCUGGAAGCUACAGUUGGACACAAUCAGGUUGGUCAGUUAUUUACACAAAUUGGGACAAUGGUCAGCCAACACGGCCAUCAGGAGGUGGAUGUGUCGCAGCUAAUAUAUCUGGACAAUGGACUGACACUACUUGUUCUCAACCUUUACCAUAUGUGUGUAAAAAUACAACAGGAACACCACCUGCCACCCCUCCAGGACCAAAUGGACAGUGCCCAGGUCAGGGCUGGAUCUCAAAUGGCCCAAAAUGUUAUAGAUUUUAUUACAAGACCUCCUUAAGCUACCUGGAUGCCACAUUGGAUUGUAGUAGACAGCAAGCUUCCAUGGUCUCCGUCCAUAGCAUGGACCAAAAUAAUUUCCUGAUUGCUACUUUGAAGUCAUAUACAGUACAGUCAGAAGGAUUGUGGCUUGGCUUUCACAAAUCAUCGACAGCUGGAUUUCAGUGGUAUGAUAAAUCUACACCACAGUUCAUAAACUGGGACCAAGGACAACCAUCAGGGAAAGCUCAGAGAGGGAACCAGGCGAACUGUGUGGAGAUCAGAUCAUGGAAUGGGAAGUGGAAUGAUUUAGAUUGUUCAGAGACACGUGGAUACAUUUGUGAAAAAAUGCAAGUGGUAGACACAGCAGACAAUACCACACCAGGACCACAGAAGUCAACGAUAGUUACACCUACAAAAACACCAACAAUAGUUCCUCCUACUAUUACACCACCAUUACCAGGGAAACAUACAGCAGGAUCAUCUGUUAGACCAACAGGAACGACACCUGCACCGCUAAGUAGACAAACUCAGAAAACAGCUCCUCCAAUGCCAACUGUUCCUCACAUAUCUCCUUACACAGGCACACCUCAGUCUGUGCAUCAAGGGGCCCCAAGCAAGAAUGGACUAAGUUCAGGUGCAAUAAUAGGAAUAAUCAUUGGUCUUAUUGUGGCACUAGCACUCCCAACAGUUGGGAUUGUUUUAUGGAAAAGAAGACAGCCACAUACCAACCAGAAUGGAACCCCUGGUGGUUUUGAAAAUUCUACAUAUCAACUGGACACAAAACAUGAGACAGAAACCAGUGAAGAAACAGACUCUUAAUGAUAUUUAGAGAUUAUUGUUUGGUUAUUUUGUAACUAAGCAACAGUGUUAAAUUGAGGUCACUGCUGUUCAUAAUGCUGGAAGGCUAUUGAACCAUUCAAAUGUGAAUAUUUAUGUACAAAAUAUGUGGUAUGUGAGUUUUCUCGUAUGUAAUGGAUUACAAUUAUGUUCACAAUAUGUAUAUACAUGUAGAUAACAAAUGUGUAUAUAAUAUAGUAUAAGUAUACAUGUAGAUAAAAAAUAAGGAAUUAUUUAUUUCACCAGAAAUAGACAGUAGAAAGCCAACAAAUUCAUGUACAUUAAUGCUUACAUUAGCUUAAUACUUUGUACAGCCUUUAACCACUUUUAGUUAUUUGUUGUACAUUUUAUUUAUUUCAUGCAUUUUCAUUUUGUAAGAUGUAAAAAUGUCAUUUCAGGCUUUCAUUAUUAUCAUUCAUCGUGAUAUCACUAGCCACAGUUUAGGCUAUUGCCAACAAAGGACAUUCUGCAUAUUUUUUGUUAUUUAUGUAGAACCACUUAAAAGAUUAAAAAAAUAUUGUAAUUACAUAUCUGGUUUAGUAUUUCUAGUAAGUGAUUCCUAAAAACUGUGUUGAUCCUUAUGUGGAAAAUAAAUUAAACCCAGUGAAAAUCUUAAUUGAAACCUCAAAUGGUAGGCAGGUUCCUUGUAAGUACUUUAGGCAGGAAGCAGAUUUGAAGGCAAUGAUCAACUGUGUUUUUUAUUAAUUUUGAAAGGACAUAAUGCAAACCACAUGAGAAAGCAAAAACUCUGUUGACUUCAUAAGAUUUCUGCAGAAUCUAUAGGAAAAUGUAGCAAGCUACCAUACAAACAAUAGAUGUAUAAAAGAUGUAUAUUUGUAAAAUAUUGAAUUUGUUAAAUAUUUAAUAGUAAUAUUAUACUGCAACAAAGGUAUUCAUUUGAUGAUACUGUAAAUUAAGAAACUGUUAAGUGCAUCUUUUAUUGCUAUUGUUGAACAAUGGACAAAAACAUGAGUUUGUAAUUUUAGGUAAUAAUUGUAACCAUUUCAGGAAAUGCUACACACAAAUAUUGCCAGCAAUUGAUUUGGAAAAAGCUUUUAGGUCACAAUUUUUGCAGAAUUAAGGACAUCACAAAAAUUUAUGAAUUUACAGUUUUCUUUUUUUUGAUAAAUUUCGCUUCACAAUAGAAAAGGGAUUAUGCAGCAGCAGGUUGGAUGAAGAUAUUAAAAUGUAUCCACAAUCAAAUUGUAUUUAUCAUUGUUGCAUUUUUGAUAUCUGUGUAAUAUGUUUUACAAUUACCAUGACUACUAAGUAGAUAAU